UCUCUUCGCACUUUUAUCUGCAUCCUCGCUCUCUCUUCCUUGUGGCUACUCUCUCUCUCUAGACAACUUUCUAUCGAUACAUACACGUCAAUGUGUCUCUACACAGUGAAAUAAUUUCGAUUUUUUAUUCAUUAUUAAUUAAUUAUUAUAUCGCUUUCUCUUCCUUUAGAUUUGGUGCACUUUAAGAAAACCUCUUGUUUGUGGUGUCUGAUUUGACAAACCAGAGGCCCAAAUUUUUGCUUAUUGGAUCUGUGGUUUGGUUUGGUAUGUGCAUUUGUCUUAGAGAGAAUAGACAGCAAGUGGGAGUUAGAAAUACUCGGUUAUCCAGCUUACUUUGUAUGCAAUUGCAUAUGAGAUGGGCUCCAAGGGAAAGCUACCUUUUGAUCUUAACGAGCCUCCAGCUGAAGAAGAUGAGGACAAUGAUGGUUUUUGUUUCCAGCCACAGAAGGCCGUUCCUUCAAGUUCUCACACCUCCGAAUUAUUUGCCUCAUCCGCUGGUCCUCAAGGGAUAGUAAAUAACCAUGCUUUUUCCCACGCAUCUUCUGUCUCAGGUUUUCAGCCUUUUGUUCGGCCGAGAAGGGGUCUGGGUUCUGAACAUCCUGCUAGGAAUAAGACUUCAGGUAACUCAACUGUUGAUGCUGCAUCUUCCAAAUCAAGCAGAGUUGAGAAGGAGAAGGCUGGCCAGCAGCUAGAUUUGAGUUUUGCAGAUCCGGAGGCUGUUGAGAAGGAAGAAGGGGAAUGGUCUGAUGCAGAGGGCUCUGGGGAUGCAUACAGAAUUCCUAAUACACAUGAAGAGUCUACAACUGGCAACAGAGUUUUGCAGGAGAAAGGGGCAGAUGAGAUGAGGAACCAUAAUAUUGAUCAGGUUAUGGCUUCCGAGAGUGUUGCUCGGAAUGCUGGGGAUGUGAAGGACGAUAAUGGGGACCUUGGGUUUUCAGGACAGGACCAAGAUACAAAUGAUAGGAGAAGCAGUAGUAGUCGUACUUCAGAAUGCAGCUCCAUGAAUGCUCAGGAAGAUUCUGGGUUGGUUCCCAAGCAAAAAGAAAGCAAAGGAGUUGAAGCAAGUUAUGCGCAGAAGUGUGCAAAUAAUCCUGGAAAGCGUCCUAGGCUUGACCAACAGAAGGAAGCAAUGCUAGGGAAAAAGCGAAGUAGGCAGACCAUGUUUUUGAAUUUAGAAGAUGUAAAGCAAGCUGGUGCUCUGAAGAGUUCAACACCAAGAAGACAGAAUUUCCCCGCCCCUAUUACAACUCGUACGGUAGGGCGUGCUCCACCUACUGACCGCAUGGCAGAUAAGCAGAUUCAGUCAACUAGCAAGGAAAGCACACAACUUGAUUUAUCAAAUAAUGAGGGAAAUGGUUAUGUUGAAUCACAAGAUUCUAGAGAUUGCAAUGGUGAGGUGCAUUCUGGGCUUUUGUCUCGGCCUAGGAGACCAACUAGUUCGACAGAUCUCAUGGCUGAGGCUCAAUCAACAUCUAUAUCUAGGCAAAGUUCAUGGAAACAACCCAUAGAUUCAAGGCCAGUCAAAAAUUCACCUCUCCCUGUCAGGAGACCAGCCACAGGCAGUUCAGCAACUGCAGACUUAAAGUCAGGAGUGAAAAAACUUCCUUCAAAGAAACAGGUUGCUGUGAGCACCAUGUAUCAGGAUACAUCAGUGGAACGGCUUCUGCGAGAGGUGACAAAUGAGAAGUUUUGGCAUGAUCCAGAGGAAACGGAGCUUCAAUGUGUACCGGGUCAUUUUGAAUCUGUUGAAGAGUAUGUUAGAGUAUUUGAACCUUUGCUUUUUGAGGAAUGCCGGGCGCAGCUGUAUAGUACUUGGGAGGAAUUGACUGAGACGUUUUCUGUGCAUGUGAAGGUUCAUGUGAAAAACAUUGAAAGACGUGAAAGAGGGUGGUAUGAUGCAAUGUUAAUUCCAUUUACUGAGCAUAAAUGGACCUUUAAGGAGGGUGAUGUUGCUGUUCUUUCCUCACCUAAGCCUGGAUCAGUGAGAUUAAAGAGGAGUAGCAAUUCUGUUAUAGAAGAUGAUGAGGAGGCUGAGAUCAGUGGACGUGUUGCUGGGACGGUCAGAAGGCACAUUCCUAUUGAUACGCGUGACAGUCAUGGGGCUAUUCUGCAUUUUUAUGUUGGUGAUUCAUAUGAUUCUAACAGCAAGGCUGAUGAUGAUCACAUUUUAAGUAAACUUCAGCCAAGGGGCAUCUGGUAUCUGACUGUCCUUGGCUCUCUUGCAACCACCCAGAGGGAAUACAUUGCCUUGCAUGCUUUUCGCCGCCUUAAUUUGCAGAUGCAAAAUGCAAUUCUUCAGCCUAGUCCUGAUCACUUCCCGAAGUAUGAAGAGCAGCCGCCUGCAAUGCCAGAAUGCUUCACUCCAAAUUUUGUGGACUACCUUCAUAGAACCUUUAACGGGCCGCAGCUAGCUGCAAUUCAGUGGGCUGCUAUGCAUACAGCUGCAGGUACUAGUAAUGGGAUGGCAAAGAGGCAAGAUCCAUGGCCAUUUACUCUAGUACAAGGUCCUCCUGGUACAGGUAAGACCCAUACUGUCUGGGGAAUGUUAAACGUCAUCCAUCUAGUUCAGUAUCAGCACUAUUACACUGCGUUGCUGAAGAAACUGGCACCUGAAAGCUAUAAGCAGGCUAAUGAGAGCAACUUGGAAUCUGUUGCUACUGGAUCCAUUGAUGAAGUUCUUCAGAGCAUGGAUCAGAAUCUUUUUCGCACUCUUCCAAAACUUUGCCCAAAACCUAGAAUGCUUGUCUGUGCUCCUUCAAAUGCUGCAACAGAUGAAUUACUUGCUAGGGUUCUUGAUCGAGGGUUUAUUGAUGGUGAGAUGAAAGUUUAUCGUCCUGAUGUUGCCCGAGUUGGGGUAGAUACGCAAACGCGUGCUGCCCAAGCUGUUUCUGUUGAGCGGAGAACUGAUCAGCUUUUGAAUAAGAGUCGUGAUGAAAUCUAUGGUUGGAUGCAUCAAUUGAGAACUCGUGAGGCUCAAUUAUCACAACAGAUAGCUGCCCUUCAAAGAGAUCUGACUGUUGCUGCUGCAGCUGGUCGUGCGCAAGGAUCUGUGGGUGUUGAUCCUGAUGUUCUAAUGGCUAGAGAUCAAAAUCGCGAUACUUUGCUGCAAAGUCUUGCAGCAGUGGUUGAGAGUCGAGAUAAAACUUUGGUUGAGAUGUCCCGCCUUCUUAUAUUGGAAGGCAAAUUCCGUGCUACUAGCAAUUUUAAUUUAGAGGAAGCUCGUGCUAAUCUGGAGGCAAGUUUUGCAAAUGAAGCUGAAAUUGUUUUCACUACUGUUUCAAGCAGUGGGCGAAAGCUAUUUUCUCGUCUUACUCACGGUUUUGAUAUGGUUGUGAUUGACGAAGCAGCACAAGCUAGUGAAGUAGGAGUACUUCCUCCACUUGCUCUAGGUGCAGCACGCUGUGUCCUGGUUGGGGAUCCACAGCAGCUUCCAGCGACAGUAAUCAGCAAGGCAGCUGGAACAUUGUUGUAUAGCAGAAGUCUCUUUGAGAGGUUUCAACAAGCUGGUUGCCCAACAAUGUUGUUAUCAGUUCAAUACAGGAUGCAUCCUCAAAUCAGGGAUUUUCCUUCUAGGUACUUCUACCAAGGGCGGCUGACAGAUAGUGAAAGUGUUGUUAGUUUACCUGACGAGUCUUAUUACAAGGAUCCAUUACUGAGGCCCUAUUUAUUUUAUGACAUCACUCAUGGUAGGGAAUCGCAUCGAGGUGGAUCUGUCUCUUAUCAGAAUAGGGAGGAAGCCCAGUUCUGUCAUCGAUUGUAUGAGCAUCUCCAGAAAACAGCUAAAUCAUUGGGUGUGGCAAAAGUAACAGUGGGUAUCAUUACCCCAUACAAAUUGCAGCUAAAAUGCCUUCAACGGGAGUUUGAGGAUAUCCUAAAUUCAGAAGAAGGGAAAGACAUCUAUAUAAAUACUGUGGAUGCUUUCCAAGGUCAGGAACGGGAUGUCAUUAUAAUGUCAUGUGUACGUGCGUCAAACCAUGGUGUAGGUUUUGUUGCAGAUAUUCGUCGAAUGAAUGUUGCUCUUACUCGUGCUAGAAGAGCUCUCUGGGUCAUGGGGAAUGCAAAUGCACUGGUGAAGUCAGAUGAUUGGGCUGCUCUGAUAAAGGAUGCUAAAGCUAGGAACUGUUACAUGGAUAUGGAUUCUUUGCCUAAGGAUUUUGUGUUACCAAAGUCGUCUCCGUAUCCCUCAUAUCAGGCUAAGAACCCUAGCAACAGGGGCAUGAGAACUGGGCUUAGACAUAGGCCCUAUGAUGUGCACAUGGAGUCCAGGUCUGGUACACCAUCAGAAGAUGAUGAGAAGUCGAAUACAUCAUCAAUUUUAAGGAAUGGAAGUUACCGGUCUUUAAAGUUGCCAAUUGAGAACUCUUUGGAUGAUUUUGAUCAAUCUGGCGAUAAAUCUCGAGAUGCCUGGCAAUAUGGCGUUCAGAAGAAGCACAAUUCAGCUGGAGCAAUGGGGAAGAGAGAAUUACAAUGAUUGGUCAAAGUCUAACAUUCCUUGUACUGAUGGAGUGACAGACCACCACAUUUACUCCUCCUGGCUUGGAAAGCUAGGAGCACAUGAUCCUUUUGCUCAAACUUUGUGUGGCAGGGUGACUUGGUAUGGAUGACCUUAUGCAACAGUACACUUAAUUGAGCAAACUACUUGGAGAUGAAGAAAAAGUGAAGUGAUGGAGAUCAUUGCUUCCAACUGGGCAAGUAGCUUUGUUUGAGUAAAUCCGCUCUGGGUUGACUGAUUAAUGGCUUGGGGCACGCACGAAGCAUAUCAUCUUGACAUGGCUUUCUUCUAAAUCUGGCCGUGUAGGCUCACUGGACUUUGUGUAGGGGUAAAGACAUACUUGUGAUAUGUGAGCUGAGGUUAGCCUUCUGGGAUCUCCGGUUUACGGCAUUUUUGAAUGGUCUAACCCAGCAUGAAUUCCAUGUCGAAGUGGCACUUAGGCAAAAUUUGUUUGUGGCGGAAAUCCAUCACCAUUUUUUGGCUGCAAGUUGGUUGUAUGUACCCACAACUUGCACUAGACUGAAAGCUCAAUAAGAGUUUCAGUCCUGGUUUCUGGAGUGAAACCAGAUGAGAAGGCUACAUAUACCAUGAAACAUUUGGUUUCUGACUGAAGCGUUAAUAUGCUUCAUCGCAUGAAUGUAAGACUCUGCCAGAACCUCAUUAGUAGAUAUUGAAGAUGCUGUACAGGAUAUUGGUACAGGAUUACCAGCAUAUUAUAGCUAAUGCGCGUCUGGAACGGACUAAUUCUGUAUAUAUUUGCAGCAAGUCGAAAUUAGGACUCUCUUCUAAACAUUGCCCAUUACUUAGUGGGUAGAAAAUACAUUUCUUGGUUAGGUUCGUACUCUCAAAUUGUAAUAUUGUCUUUUUUGUCUUACUUUCUGACAACGAAUUGCUGAAUGAUACACCAUUUCUUUUUUAUUCAACUUCCCUGACUUCCGUGCC